ACGAAAAUUUAAGAUGGACGUUGUAAAUGACGUCAUCAAUUUGCCAUUCAGCUAUCAUUUGGUAGCGGGAAUGGCAAUACGUUUGGGACUUAUUGUCUAUGGUGACUACCAUGAUAAUAAUUACGAUGUUGGCUACACUGAUGUAGAUUAUAAAGUUUUUACGGAUGCCGCGAGACAUGUUUUGGCGGGUAAUUCUCCGUACGCGAGACACACUUAUAGAUAUAGCCCGAUUAUAGCUUACCUUUUAAUACCAAAUAUUAUACUAAACAAACAUUUCGGUAAAAUCCUCUUUUCUGUAUUCGAUGUUCUUUUAACAAUAAUCAUAAAAACAUUAGUUGAAAAUCAAUUGAAAUCGAAAGAAGGUGCAAGAAUUUCAAAAUAUUGUUCAUAUUUUUGGCUCUACAAUCCGUUCAGUAUCACCAUUUCUACGAGAGGUAAUUCCGAUUCUGUGUCUUGUUUUUUUAUUGUACUAUCGAUUUUUUUCUUACAAACUGAUAAAAUUAAAGGUAUAAUUAAAUACGUAUUAUCCGGGAUGUUAUUAGGUAUUUCGAUACAUUUACGUAUAUAUCCAUUAGCUUUCAGUUUCCCCAUGUACCUUUCAUUGUGUGAUUACAAAAUAACUCGCAACACCGAUCUUAAAACUGGAUUUAUCGCACUAUUGCCGAAUAAGAAGCAAAUAUUUUUAACCUUAAGUUGCAUUUUUACCUUGUUUAUAAUAACAUAUGGAAUGUUUUUAAAAUACGGUUAUGAAUUUCUAUUCGAAACAUACAUUUAUCAUUUAUUCAGGAAGGACACGAAGCAUAAUUUUUCUAUACUUUUUUAUUAUUCCUAUUUAACUAUGGAUCAAUUGAUAUUCGACGUGGUGAAACAUAUUUCACAAAUGUUAGAAUUAUUUAUAUUGUUUGUGUUAAGUUUAUCUUUUGGUUGUGAAGCGAAAACUUUGCCGUUCGCUUUGUUUUGUCAGUCUGUUGUUUUGGUUGCGUUCAAUAGUGUGAUGACGUCACAGUACUUUAUUUGGUUCCUGUCACUUUUACCAUUGGUUGUCCAUAAUCUUCGGCUUAAACCAGUUGUAGCUUUAUUAUUGUCGAUAAUAUGGUUCACCGCACAAGGAGCUUGGUUAUUUUACGCGUAUUUAUUAGAAUUUAAAUGCCGGGAAAUAUUUAUUUUAAUCUGGCUGAAAGGUAUUGUUUUCUUUUGCGCUAAUAUUUUCGUUUUGGUACAGCUUAUAAAAAGUUACUCGCCCGAAUAUCGAUUCGGAAUAAUCGAUUAUCCUUGCGGUGUGAAAAAUAAAUAAUCUAUGUAGUAGUAAAUUGUGAUUUUUAGUAUAGUUUGUUCUUAGUAGUUUUAGUGAGGGAAAAAUAAAUAAAAGAUGCAAUUUUU